ACGACCGUCAGAUUGGAUCGAGUAACAAACUCAUACGUUCAGCUUCAUGGACCGAUCAUCAUGAGACUCCGCCUCUUGCUCCUCCCCUCCCUCCGGUCUAAGCUCCACCCCCCACCCCGCCACUGCUGCUCGUCAUCCCCGAUAACCAAUGGGGUCGCGUCGCGGAGACGCUUCAGCACAGAAGGCUCCGCCCCUCGGCCUGUGAUUGGUCCAGACUCGGUGGAGGUGUUGGGUUACUCGUACCCCCGCGAUGACUUCACCAACGUGACGCCGAAGAUCUUAGAAAAAGUCGGGCGCAACCUCCACAAUCAAUCCCAUCAUCCUCUGUGGCUGAUCAAGGAGCGAAUCAAAGCUCACUUCUACAGUUCGUACAUGGGCCGAUGGGGGAACCCGCUGUUCUCCGUCCACGACAACCUGAGCCCGGUCGUCACCGUGGAGCAGAACUUCGACAGCUUACUGAUCCCGCCCACCCACCCCAGCAGGAAGAAGGGCGACAACUACUACCUGAACAGGGCAACGAUGCUCCGGGCUCAUACCUCCGCCCACCAAUCAGACCUGGUCCGAUCUGGGCUCGACGCCUUCCUAUUGGCCGGAGAUGUUUAUAGGCGGGACGAGAUCGAUGCCAGUCACUACCCGGUUUUCCACCAGAUGGAGGGAGUCCGACUCUUCUCCAACCACGAGUUGUUUUCUCAGGUCAAGGAUGGACACCAGUUGUCCCUGUUUGAGUCGGGAGGUCGACGGACGCCUCAGAAACAGGAAACGCACACUCUGGAGGCGGUCAAACUGGUGGAGUUCAACCUCAAACAGACGCUGACGCGACUCAUCACCAACUUGUUCGGAGACUUGGAGGUCAGAUGGGUCGACUGUUACUUCCCCUUCACUCAUCCCUCCUUCGAGAUGGAGGUGCGUUUCCAUGGCGACUGGUUGGAGGUUCUGGGCUGUGGAGUGAUGGAGCAGGAGCUGCUGAACUCUGCGGGGGCGGGGAAUAAACUGGGCUGGGCCUUCGGACUGGGUUUGGAGAGACUGGCCAUGGUUCUGUACAGCAUCCCCGACAUCCGGCUGUUCUGGAGUCAGGACGAACGCUUCCUCAAACAGUUCAGAGUCCAGGACAUCCAUCAGCCCAUCUGCUUCCAGCCUCUCAGUAAAUACCCCCCCCUCCACAACGACAUCUCCUUCUGGCUGCCGGAUGACGGAUUCACCGAGAACGACUUCUACGAGCUGGUCCGGUCGGUCGGAGGUGACCUGGUGGAGAAAGUGUCGCUGGUGGAUGACUUCACGCAUCCAAAGACCGGGAGGCGGAGCCACUGCUAUCGCAUCGUCUAUCGUCACAUGGAGCGAACUUUGACCCAGCAGGAGGUCGCCGUCGUCCACGGCCAAAUCCAACAGGACGCCGAGAGCGAGCUGGGCGUGCAGGGCCGAUACUGACGAACAAUCGCACACGCACACACACACACACACACACACACAGAGGCGUUGAACUCCUCAUCACGGCGCCGCUGUGAUUCCUCGCCGCAGGGGAAACGUGUCAACUUUAAUACAGACGAUACGCGAUUCUGAGACGCCGGCAGCGAAUCACACAGACACACAACGACACACGACAGACACGCAAAGAUACACAGACACACACACAGACACACACAGAGGCAUGAUGAUGCUCAAAGACACACACGACACAGAUGCACACAGACGCACAAUACCACAAAAAGACACA